AUACAGCGAAAAGCCAAACUAAUCUUAGACCCUGAAUUCGCCUUCCCGGCUUCCUCAGUUCCUCUUCAUCUCUUCUGUUUUAAAUCGGGUUUAACUUCGAAUUCGAAGAGGCCCAACUCAGGAAUCUUGCUACCACGCUCAGCAAUGUCGACGAUCUUCAUUGCCGUCCAGUGUUGUCAGUGCUCAACUAUGCAGGUGAAGCAGCAGAAGAAGAGCAGCAACAAAUGGAACUGCGUGAUCUGCAACCAGAAGCAGUCCGUAUGGAAGGUCUUUGCUCGGGGAUACGCUGCCAAGGACAUCCGCAAAUUCGUCCAAGGGUUCAACAUGUCUCGCCAAUUUAUCGAAAACAGAGACGAAAGCCUAAUUCAGACAUUGGAGGAGAUCGACGACCCUAAUUCGAGCAAUAGCAGCUGCAGCCGAAAGAGAAGAAACGAUUGGACCGAGUACUUGGACACCGAGGACGAUGCUGAUGCCAAAGAAGAACUAGAUGGGAAUGCUUUUGAACCGAAGAUUGUGACGGAACUCCCAGAAGAGCACUUGAAGAAACCAAAACUGAAGAAGACUUACCCUGGUGAAUUUCAUACUAUUCAAGGAAGCAAACCUCUGAAGCCUGUUUUUUCAAAUACAAACACAAAGCCCAAAUUCCCUCAUCGAGACGACGAGGACGAGAAAGGGAAAAGGCAACUGGCAACAGGAAGAGAAUCCAAAUGGAGCUGUUACUUAACAGAAGAAGAGAGUGACAAUGGGAUUUUAUUCGGACGGGAGAGGGAGCCCCUAGUUGAUCUGAAUCCAUGGAGCCAUGCUGGUUUGGAGAACGAGUUCAAUGGCGAAAGGGUUGAAGAUGAAGUUCAUCCUGAUUUCACAUAAAAUUGUUUGGUGUUGAUGUUUCACAACAAUCGGUUCUAUGGUGUAGUGGUUAGCACUCUGGACUUUGAAUCCAGCGACCUGGGUUCGACUCCCGGUAGGACCU